CAAGAGACAGGAACACGCGCCCCAUCACACACAAACCUUGGUACAGUCACGUCACUUCAGAACUUGCCGGCAUCCUACCACCAGUUGCAAGCAUGGCGGACGUUCGAAGCAUCACACAACGCCUCGACAGCUUGCCGCUCACGGGGUUCCUCAGCAUCAGCGUGCACUACUGGGGCCUUCUCUUCAAGGCCGGGUUGGGCUGGGCGUUUGACGCCAUGGACGUGUUCCUGUUCACGUACCUUGGCGCGGCGACGGGCGGCAAUGGCGGGUGGAUCAAGGAGCUCCAGCCCACGGCCCACGAGAAGGGUCUCCUGGGUUCGGCGUCGUUCGCCGGGUCGUUGUUUGGUUCGCUCAUCUUUGGGCAACUGGCCGACGUGUACGGCCGCAAGAACAUGUUCGCGGUGACGUUGCUCAUCUUCAUGGCCGGCACGCUCUUGUGCGGGACUGCCAACGACGUCGGCACCAUGUUGGCGUUCCGUUUCAUUGCCGGGUUUGGCUUGGGCGGCGAGUUGCCCGUGGCCUCGGCGCUCGUGCAGGAACUGGUCCCCACGGCCGUCCGCGGCCGCAUCAUCGUCAUCCUAGAGUCGUUCUGGUCCGUGGGGUGCAUGAUCGCCGUGCUCAUGGGGUUUGAACUGGUCAAGCAUGUCAGCUGGCGCACGGUCUUCUACCUGUCGUGUAUCCCCGCGGUGUGGGCCAUCGUGAUCCGGCUAUGGGUGCCCGAGUCGCCCAAAUGGCUCGCGUCCGUGGGCCGCACGGCCGAAGCCGACGCCAUCGUCACCAAGAUCGAAGCGUCGCAUGGCGUCGUGUCCAAAUCCGACGGCGACAAGGCGGACGUGGCCGCGACGUCGGGUGACGACGCCGGCUGGUCGGCGCUCAACCCACUGGACCGCCUGUGCAUCUUGUUCCGCGGCGAGUUCCUUGUGCGCACCAUCGUGCUGUGGACCGUCUGGAUCGGCAUCGCGUUCUCGUACUACGCCAUCUACGUGUGGCUGCCCGUGCUCCGCAGCAAGGAAAAGGGCGGGUACAACAUCUCUGGGUCGACGUGGGAGAUCUUCUUUAUCGUGUUCUGGCAGUUCCCAGGGUACCUCUCGGCGGCGUACCUGGUCGAGAUCAUCGGCCGCAAGAUCACGCUGGUCGCGUACCUCUUUGGGUCGUUCGUGUCGGCACUGGCAUUUGGGUACGUCGAGAACAACCAGGUGAACCUGCUCGUCACGGGCGCGUUCAUGAGCUGGUUCAUGCUCGGCGCGUGGGGCGCCUUGUACGCGUACACGCCCGAGAACUACCCGACAGCGAUCCGCGCCACGGGGUGCUCGUACCCGAACGGAUUCAGUCGCAUCGGCGCGAUUGCCGGGCCGUACGUGAUGCCCCUGAUGCUCGAUGCCAAAUGGAGCAGUACCACCAUCAUGUGGGUCGCGGGCGGCGCGCCCAUGAUCUUUGUGGCGCUCGUGUUGCUUGCGUUCGGCUUUGAAACGCGCGGCCAGGAUGUUGAAGUGUGUCCUCGCAUCGAAGCGUACUUGAAGGCCAAGGCGGGGAUUGCUGUUCCGUCCAAGGACACCGUGGCCACGCCAGGUCCAGACAACUUUGAAAUGAAGUAGUUUGCGUGACUCAAUUAAGAGACAUUUAUAGGCAGCAGAAUUAGAUGAUUGUUACCGUAUAGUGUAUAUGUAUUGCGACAGGUGAUAUUUCACAACCAGCCGACACUCGAUCUCAAAACUUUGUUAAUCCAUUGCGUCAUACAAAUUUGAAGUAUAUUCAACAUGUUCACA